AUGGCCAAGCUGAAAUUUCAAACAGGGAGGGAGGUGAAAAGUAUCCUUGAAAAGACUGUGGAUAGUUCAAGGAAAAACUGGUCAAAGAAGUUGGAUGAUGCACUAUGGGCUUACAGAAUCGCAUUUAAAACACUGAUAGGUAUGUCUCCAUAUCUCUUAGUUUUUGGAAAAGCUUGUCAUCUUCCAGUUGAGUUAGAGCACAAGGCAUAUUGGGCAAUGAAAAAGUUAAACUUUGAUUGGAAUGCUGCUAGUGAGAAUAGAAUUUUGCAACUUAAUGAGCUUGAUGAAUUUCGUAAUGAGGCAUACGAAAAUGCAAAAAUCUAUAAGGAGCGAACCAAAGCUUGGUUGAGACUAUUUCCUGAAAAAUUGAAGUCAAGGUGGUCAGGUCCUUUUACUGUUGCGAGAGUGUUUCGAUACGGCUCAAUAGAAGUGCAAGGAAAGAAUGGAAAUCCUUUCAAGGUGAACGGGCAGCGGAUGAAGCCAUACUUGGGCAGUGCAUUUGAUCAAGCAAAGUCAAUUAUCCUCUUGAAGCCCUUUUGA